UGAAAAUAAUGGAAACAGUGUGGAGGGCACUGUGUUGCAUUGCAUUUGUUGUAGUGUUGCAAUGUGUGGCAAGAGGAAGUGCUGAAGAUAGUUCUUGUCUGAACAAGCUUUCACCUUGCUUAAGGUAUCUGAAUGGCGGUGAAGAGCCUCCAGAUAGUUGCUGUGAGCCUCUGAAAUCUGUGAUUGAAUCUGAUGCAGAAUGCUUGUGUAGCUUGGUGAGUAACAGAGGCACAAGACAAGCAGAACAAGCUGGCAUCAAUGUCACUCAAGCUCAGCAAUUGCCUGCUAGAUGUGGCCAACAUGUUAAUCCAUUGUCUUGUCUCACAAGUUCACCUGGCCCAACGAACUCGGAACGAAACUCGGCAACAAAGUUUAUGCACGUGUCGAAUGGAGUUUUUAUGAUAAUAAUAUUUUGGUCAAUUAUUGCACGUGUAUAACCAGCAUUGGUUUUGAGAUAUAUCAUCAAAGUCGUGCCGGAGACUUUAAUAUUUACAUUUUUCGUAUCUAUAUUAAUAUAUAA